AUGAAUCUCGAAUACCCAAAACUAGCAUGUGGUAUCGGAGCCCUACUACACCCUAUGGCACCAAAUAAUGAUAAUGCCUUCAACCCGUGUUUUCUAAUGCACACUUUGUCCCUUUUUUCAGUCAUCAACAUCGUGUACGGCACGAUAACAUUAUACAAAACUACUACAAAGCUGCCUCGAUAUGGGAACUUUUCACCCAAAAAUACCGGAUUAACUCAUUAUAUCCGGUUAAAUGCAGUGGCGUUGCAUAUUAUUUUACUAUUAUAUCUAAACUCAUUCAUAUCUAUUCAUGAAAGAUUUGCAGACCCAAAGAUUGUUGGAUUUGGAUUGCUCGCCGUUCUAUUGGUGUUUAUUAUAUUCCCGUUGCACUUUAUUGAAACAGUAUAUUCACCUAUUCCGUUGGACAUUUUGUUGGUGUUUUGGCCAGCACUUGGUAUUCUUGAAAUUGCAUUAUACUUUCAAGACAAUUUUACAGAUUGGGUCAUAAUACAGCUGACUGACCCAUCCAUAAAAAUUGUUGAAAUAUUCCUUGUUUUAAAUUCGAUUGCUAUCUUUGUACUUGAGUACUCGCAUUACAAGCCAAGCCAUGAGUUAAUUUUACAAUAUAAAAGAAAUGAUCAACUGGAUCAGUUACAGGAGCCAAAUAUUAUUCAACAAAUCACUUUUACAUGGAUGAAUGAGUUGAUCGAAAAUUCAUAUAAAAACCAAACAGUUACCAACGCUGAGUUGCCACAUACACCGCCAGAAAUAUCAACUGUUUAUGCCACCACCAGACUUAAGAAAUUUUGGCAUGGCGGAGAGUUGACUACUUCUUUGUUGAAAGCCUUUGGUUGGGCAUUGUUGGUUUCCUUUUUCUACGAGUUUGGUGGUCGACUACUCAACUUUGUUCAGCCACAAUUGCUUAGACUAUUGAUCUUAUACUUUAACAUAGAUAAUCCACCCUUGUUGAAAGGUGUCUUGAUUUCCCUUGGAAUGUUUACAAAUACCUUGCUCCAAACAUCAUUGAACAAUAGAUAUAUGUUGAAGAAUUUGGAAGUGGGAUUGAAUUGUCGUUCUUCAUUGACUUCAUUGGUGUACCAAAAGGCAAUCAAGUUGUCGAGCGAGUCCAGAUUGAAAACGAGCUCUGGAGAUAUCAUUAAUUUGCUUUCUGUUGAUGUCAACAGGGUACAAAAUGUAUUGAUGAAUCUAAGCACACUUGUUCUUGCCCCAACAGACAUUAUUUUAUGUGUCUUAUCACUUUAUCCUUUAUUACAUGGUGCAACAUUUGCUGGUGUUGGAAUAAUGAUUGUUUUGAUACCAGUGAACGCUAUUAUUGUAAAAUAUUACAGGAGACUCAGCAAAACGCAAAUGAAAUUAAAAGAUAAUAGAUCAAGAGUGAUUAACGAGAUUUUGUCAUCAAUUAAAAGUAUUAAAUUGUUUGCGUGGGAGAAACCUAUGCUUGCAAAGCUUUCUGAGGCCAGAAAUGACAAGGAAUUGGCGAAUUUGAAAAGAAUCAGGCUUGUUGGUCAAGGUGUCAUGUUUAUCUGGAAUAUUAUACCAUUUUUGGUCUCGUUCACAUCUUUUGCUACAUUUGCAUUGACCCAGAAAAAGCCAUUAACAUCAGACCUUGUUUUCCCUGCUUUGGCAUUGUUGAAUUUAUUAUCGGGCCCACUAAUGGAACUUCCAGCAGUUAUCACAGCUAUGAUCGAAGCGAAUGUUGCUAUAAAUAGAGUUAGGACGUUUCUCUUGAGUGAAGAGAUUGACGAAUCGUUAAUUAGGAGAUUGCCAGACGCUAAGCAAGAUGAUGAUGGCAUGGCUGUCAAAGUUCAGAAUGCCACCUUUCACUGGACGAAGAACAGGUUUACCGAUCUUGAACAAGAUGCAGAAGAGCAACAGUUGCACACUUUAAGAAAUAUAAACUUUAGAGUUUCAAAAGGUGAUUUGAGUUGUGUUGUUGGAAAAGUUGGAAGCGGGAAAACAUCUUUGUUGUAUGCAUUGCUUGGUCAGUUAAUAAUGGUUCAAGGAAAUGAAGAUACACCACCUACUGUUGAUAUUCGUGGAUCUGUGGCAUAUUGUGCACAACAACCUUGGAUUAUGAAUGCAUCUGUCAAGGAAAACAUUCUUUUUGGAUGUAAAUGGGACAAAGAUUUUUAUGAAAAGACCAUAGAUGCCUGCCAAUUAUUACCAGAUUUAGCGAUAUUACCCGAUGGUGAUGAAACUCAAGUGGGAGAGAAAGGUGUUUCUUUAUCUGGUGGUCAGAAAGCAAGAUUGGCAUUGGCCCGAGCAGUGUAUGCACGUGCUGAUGUGUAUUUACUAGACGAUAUUUUGUCUGCGGUUGAUUCCAAUGUUGGUAAAAAAAUUAUCCAGAAAGUUUUGAGCAAACAAGGGCUACUUGGCUCGAAAACAAUUGUCUUGUCUACAAACUCGAUAUCUGUUUUGAAAUAUUCCAACAACAUCACCCUUAUCGAAGAUGGAGACGUGAUUGAAACAACGACUUACAAAGACAUAGACCAAUCCAGCCACCCGAAGUUAUAUGAGUUGAUUAGUCACUUUAGCAAAGAUGAAGAAGAAGAAAUUAAUGAAAAUAUUGCAAAUGACACGGCAGCACUGCUGUUUGUCACUCGUAAAGCAAGUAUGGCUAGUUUGCACUGGGAUCCAUUGCAAAGAUUAUUACCAAAUUUGCGCAGUGGUCAAACGGAAGAAGUUAGUAAAAAGGGUAAAGUUAAGUGGUCUGUCUAUUUGGCCUAUAUCAAAGCUUGUUCUAUUCCUGGUGGUGUGUUGUGGUUUGUUUUGUUGAUUAUUGCCACAGCGUUAUCGGUUGGUGCCAACUACUGGCUUAAAUACUGGACGGAUCAAAACUCCAAAGGGGAUGGAAACCAAAAUGUAUGGAACUUUUUGUUUGUUUAUGCAGCAUUGGGACUAGGUGCCGCAUUCGUUACUAUUGCUCGUAGUUCUGUGAUGCUUCUUUGGUUGGGUAUCAAUGCUUCCAAGAAAAUCCAUGAUAACAUGGCGAAGCGAGUACUCAGUGCACCAAUGCUGUUUUUUGAAAGAACACCAAUUGGUAGAAUAAUGAAUAGGUUCACAAAUGAUGUUAAUCAAGUCGACGAUGGUAUACCACUGGUUUUCCAGAGAUUCAUCAACCAAUUGGUCGGAACUAUUUUCACCGUUGGUGUUGUCACCCUUGCCAUUCCUACUUAUUUGAUUAUUAUUUGUUUUCUUUCUUUAUUGUACGUGUAUUAUGAAAUUUACUAUGUGGCAAUUUCAAGAGAAUUGAAGAGAUUGGUUUCGAUAUCUCGUAGUCCUAUCUACGGUCAUUUGGGUGAAAGUUUGAGUGGAAUUGACACUAUUCGAGCUUACAAUCAAAAGGAAAGGUUUGAUUUUAUCAUGAAUGCAAAUGUCGAUUUCAAUUUAAAGUCGGUAUACAUGUUGACAUCUAUCAAUAGAUGGCUCGGUUUCAGGUUACAGGCCAUUGGUGGAAUCGGAGUGUGUUCCGUUGCUAUUUUGUCAAUAUUAAGUAAAAGAACAUCUCACCCGUUAUCAGCAUCCAUGGCAGGUUUUAUCAUGACAUAUGCAAUGCAGGUGACUUCUUCAUUAAGAAGAUUAGUAAGAACUUCUGCUCAAGUUGAAACUAGUAUCGUGGCCGUUGAAAGAUGUUUGGAAUACACAGAACUUCCAGUUGAAGAGGAAGACGAAGGGUCACUUAAGCUUGUUAAACCACCUCCACACUGGCCAAACAAAGGUACUCUUAAUUUCCACAACUACUCAACUCGUUAUCGUGCAAAUCUUGAUUUGAUAUUAAGGAAUAUUUCCUUCUCCAUCAAACCAAGCGAGAAGAUAGGAAUAGUUGGCAGAACUGGUGCUGGUAAAAGCUCAUUAGCGUUAGCAAUUUUCCGUAUUAUUGAAGCUGUUGACGGGAAUAUUGAAAUCGAUGGGUUGGAUACAAGCCAAUUGUAUUUGUAUGAUCUCAGACAACGAUUAAGUAUUAUCCCACAAGACUCACAGCUUUUAGAAGGCACAAUUCGUCAAAAUUUGGACCCGUUCAACUAUUACACCGACGAAGAAAUUUGGCGAGCAUUGGAAUUGGCACAUUUGAAAGAGCAUAUUCAAAAAUUACCGAGAGAAGAGGGCUCAGAGGAAAACAAGUUGCUUAACAAGGUUUACGAAGGCGGGUCUAAUUUCUCGUCUGGUCAACGUCAAUUAAUGUCGUUGGCAAGAGUGUUGUUGAAGAUGAAUGACUCGAAAAUAUUAGUGUUGGACGAAGCAACUGCAGCAGUUGACGUGCAAACUGAUAAGAUCAUCCAAGAAACUAUUAGAACACAAUUUAAAGACAAGACAAUAAUCACUAUUGCGCAUAGAUUGGAGACAGUUAUGGACAGUGACAAGAUUGUGAGUUUGGAUAAAGGGGAAUUGAAAGAAUUCGAUGCACCACAAAAAUUGCUAGACAAAAAGGACGGUAUAUUCUAUAGUCUAUGUAAACAGGGAGGUUACAUUUAG